AUGGACAUCUCCGACGACCAGCUCUAUGAUGUCUUUCAGCAGAUGUGCGACGAUGGAGACGAGCAUGUCCGCGUUGAUCGUCUCCUCGAGCUUGCCAAGAGCAUGAAUUAUCAAGAUCUGGCUUCGCUGAGCAAACUUGACACGGCAGGGACAGGCCUCUUGGACUUUACAGCCUUUGCCAAGGGCAUCAAGCGCCUCAAAGGCCGGCACCCCGAGUACCCCGAGCGCCUUGCAUUGAUCCCCACGGCUCGCACACCAACCCACAGCAACUCGCCGGCUAUGCGCCGAGCCUCUACUAUUGCUAGCAAUGGAGGAUCAUCACCGCUUGAGGCUGGUUCCAAUGGUGCAGUCUUUCCUGAAGUGACCGAGCAUGUUUCUGAACAGCUUGAACAAGAGAAUGAACGGCUGAAGCGUGAAAUGGGCGAGUUGCGCGAGAGCAGAGAUGCGACACACACGGAGAAUGAGCAGCUCAAGCAGCGCUUGGCUCGUCUGGAACAACAAUGCGAAGACUACGAGCAACAACUCACGCUCGUCGACGAGGAGUCGCGCAGCAGCUCUCGCCUCGAACGAGAUACCGCCGUCGCCAAGCUUCGCGCCGAAAAGCUGGAACUCAAGCACACCGUCGAGGCGCUCAAUGCCCGUGCUCACGAGGAGGAAUACCAUAAGCUUGAGCGAGCCCUGCGUGACCCACGAGAAUACAAUCGCCUCUUUGUCAAGGCCGGCAUGGAAAUUGCGGCCGAACGCCAGGCCGACUCCUUGGCUGCCGAACUGAAUGGGGCCUCCCGAGAUGACCUUUUUGAACGUGUUCAGCGUCAAGCUGAAACCAACGAUGCGCUUCGCGCCUACAUAGACCGCUUGCUCGCUGUUGUGAUUGAAAAGGUUCCGGAGAUCCUUGAGGUUAAAUAGGAGAGUUGUGACCCAGAUUACUUUUUAGCUAAGCCGGCUGCCCACACGUAAACCAGUGUUCAUAGCACGUGUGUGUGUUGCAUUCCGGCUUUGUUUUAUGAUUUUCCCUAUUCUUCCCUUUAGUUUCCCAUCACUGUUUGUGUCAGAGGAGGAGGCCAGUACCUUCUGAUGACAUGAUGUUUUCUCAUCUCCUCUUUCUAUUGCGUUUUUCUUCUCUUCUUUCUC